UUUUGCAGUCUUUCAAUACCUGACAAAAAACUCAAAAAAAUGUCCGACACUCCAUCAACCUCAUCCGUCUUUCUUCCAACCUGGCCGACAAGGCGAACCGACGCCAAUUUGUAUCCCAACGGAAGUACUAAAUCCGACGAACUUGUUCUUCAUGACUAUGGACUUGAAGAAAUUCCAAUGCGGUAUCAUAUUGAGCAGCCAGAAGAAGAUUACGAUCCACAAAAUGUUAAAAAGUUGGAUCUCACUCAUAACUCUUUCGUGAUUCUUCGUGGUCUCACAACUUUCAAUAAUGUCUCGGUUCUUGAUGUAUCGUUCAAUUCACUUUCGGCUUUACCAGAAGAUAUUGGUACUCUGAGCAGUUUGACAACUCUAAUUGCUCGAAACAACUUGUUGGAACAUUUACCAAAAGGAUUGCAACUUCUUGAGAAUUUGGAACAUCUUUAUCUUUCUGGAAAUCGACUUGAAUACGUACCACCAGUCAUUUUGACUAUGAGAAAAUUGAAAACUCUUCAUCUCGGAGGAAAUUACAUCGACAGUUGCCCAUCAAACAUUAGUGUUCUUACGUUACUGAGAGUUCUAUAUCUCGGAGGUAAUCGACUCCGUGAAAUUCCUGCAUCCAUUGGUUGCCUAGAUGAAUUGGAAAACCUUGGUCUUUGUGAUAAUAUUCUAGAGACAAUUCCAUCAACAUUAGGAGAUUUGCACUAUUUGGAGACUUUGUCCUUGCAUAACAACAGAUUGCGAACUCUGCCCACUGAUAUUUUAAAUCUGCGACGUCUGCAGCAAUUAUCUCUCCGUAACAAUCCUCUGGUUCAUUCAUUCGUUCAUAAUAUGGAUCUUGCACCUCCAUCAUUGAAAGAAUUAUCAGGAAGAACUGUUCGACAGAACUAUCACAAAGUACCGAAUCUGGACGAAAUUUUGCCAUCGUAAGUCUUAUCAAAUCUUUAAUUUUAUUUUAUGUUGGGGACAUUCUAGUGAUUCAAAAUUGUAUCAAAUUGAACCCUGACGUGACCUUGUUUCUGAUCAGAGUACGAUAUUUUUGAAUCAAAUUGUUUAUCGAAUGCCUUACAAUAACCCUUUUCAGUGAUCUCGUAGCUUAUCUAGGAUCCGCUUGUCAAUGUGUCAACCCUGAAUGUCAAGGAGUCUACUUCGAUGCUCGAGUUGAGCAUAUAAAAUUUGUGGAUUUCUGCGGAAAGUAUCGAGUUCCACUUAUGCAGUUCCUGUGCUCACCACGUUGCUCCGCCGGAGUUCCAUCAGUCGACUACGAUACUUCGUCUGAAUCAGAAGAGGAGAUUGAGCCAAUCAUGAGAAGAGUCUUGCUUGGUUGAAUUUCGUGUUAAUGUAUUUUAAUUCAAACUUAGAAUCUCAGUUGUGAUCUCGUUAUAUUGACAUUUUCAUGUUUUUUUUUCAUACGCCGAGGAAUUAUAUGAACUGUUUUUUGGGU